AUGAAACUGCGAAAGUCUGCGAUCAACAGCCAGCAGCCGGUACAGCUGGACAACUUUACUUUGUUGCACCUGCGCCUAUAUCAGCUGCUUGGACUGUGCACAGUGCCAUUGCAAUUGAAAUGCGACCCCGCCGAGUUCAGCCAACGCCCACAGCGUGUUAGCACGCGCCAACUUCGAUUCCUAGUUAUUUGGCAUUGUUUGCAUUUUGUAUUCUUCUUUUUGCUCCACUUGUGGACAAGCACUCAUCACGAUUCGAUACUCUACAAUAGUGACAGCUUUGGAAAAUUCAAUGAUUUCCUCAAAUUGACUGCCACGAUUACUGCACACUUUGUUUUACUCAGUGAAACAAUACUACAGCGGAAAUAUAUGCAAAAGUUCCUCACCCUAUACACUGAAGUUCAUAGAAAGUGGAGUUUAGGCACUUAUCGCGCCGAAUGUGCCAUUUAUCGUACCACUCUUUCGAAAAGUAUCUUCUACUUCGCCAUUUAUGUCAUUAUUAUCAUUAACUACAUUCAGUCAAUCAGCAAGAAUCGUCAGUGGUUGUCCUUUUUCAUACCCUUUAUGCCGAGUGGCCUGAUAUGUCAAAUGCGUUCAGUGCAAAUUAUGCAUUUUGUGGAUAUGUUGCGCACCGAAGUGGAUCAGUUGAACAGGAAUGUAGAGCGCUUGGCAAUGUUAAGUAGGCGCAGUUGCCAAGCGAAUUCUGCAACCACUGGUAAGAGGCACCACAAUGAGCAGGUGAUGUGUUCUGAGUUGCAGACGUUUAUGGAAUACUAUCAAAAUAUUUACGAAAUGAGUAUUCUACUCAAGAGGACUGUGGGUGCAUCCAUCGCUUGUAACUAUGUAAAGGAAUAUGUUAUGAUUUUGUCCGAAUGCUACUGGUCCUACUGGAUGGUAUACAACGGCCAUGACGUCAUUGAGUACUCUCUGAUUGUUCCUUCCGCCAUGACCAUCUUUCUAUUGUUGAUUACAGCGCGGGAUUGUAUGCGAUCGACAAAUUUUCUGGCUCACAAUGUACACAAAAUACGUCAUGACAUAGAAGACUUCAACAUCUCAACACGGUUACAAAGCUUCACUUUACAAAUGCUACACCAGCAGAUCAUUAUUGAUGGUUUUGGGUUCUUUGUGCUAAAAUGCGAUAUGGCGAGGGACAUGCUGGGUUCAAUAGCCACUUAUAUGAUCUUCUUCAUACAAUUUAUGCCUAAGUUUAAAAGUUUCUAG